AUGCCCAAUCCACCAAUUUUGGAAAUUCCAUAUGCUUGUGGCUAUGGGCGAGCUUCGGCCAAUAGCGAAGCUGAAGCCAAUGGUGGUGCAAGUUUAGGUACAAGCCCCGGCGGAUCUCAGUUCCAAGGAAGUGCGCAAUCUAAAGGUCAGGCAGGUGGACAGUUUGGUGCCGGUGCUCAAGCUCUAUCUCAAUCUCAAGGGCAGGCAGGAGGACAGUUUGGUGCCGGUGCUCAAUCUCAAUCUCUAGGUUCUGCACAAGCAGGAGGUGCUUCCAGCCAAGCGUUAUCUCAAAGCCAAGCAUUGCAUGGAGGCGGAGUGCAAUCGCAAGCACUAGCAGCAGGACAGGCUAAUGGCGGUGCGCCACCUUCUUACUGGCCAGGACAAGGUCAAGCUGCAGCUGGAGCUCGAGCCGACGCAGGUUCUUACGGACAAUCACCCUGGGGUCAACCUCCAUUCAGAGGACAAGCUGGCGCGAACGCUGGAGCCAUGGGAGGGUACGGUGGAGGUUACAUGGGCUCGCCAUCAGCCCAUCAGCAAACACACGGAGGUCUUCGAUUCAGUAAAAGUGAAUCAAAGCAAAGCCAAUCGAAUAGCCAUGUACAAGGAGAACUUUACGGCUCUUCGUCCUCAAGUUUACCAGGUUACGGUGCAGCUGGGUACGGUAGUGCAGGAGCCCAAAGUCAAGGAUCUGCUUCGGCUGGAGGCCAAUAA